GCAAUAGAUUGGUGUAAUGUAAUUCUUGUGAGUUCUGGCAACAAGUUUUUAGGAAUAUACAAUUGCAACCAAAGUGUCUCGUUUAUUGAAGCUUCUCAUAACCGAUGGUGUAAAAAUUAGAAAACAACUAAAAACAAACGUUUCUAUGUCAAGUUCAUUGACAAAUGAAAUUACGUUGGCCACUGACACACCAUCAUUCCAUCAACAACUGUUUUUAACAAGAAACCUUGCAAUCUUCAGUAUCAUUAUUCUUUGAUUACAGUAAGUGAAUUAAGUCUUGAGUGACUGCCAAGAAACAAAAAGUUCUUGCAACCUUUACCUUCCCACUCGCUCUGAUAUUGGGUUGAAAACCCAACAGGUUAUAUGGGCCUUUGAAACCUAAACACCCCUUUUCAUUGCUUCUUCAACGGCUAACAACCUUAGCCAAUUCAACUAAAAUGUUUAAAGAUGUUUCUCCUUUCCUUGGAUAUCACAUUGACUGCCUCGCACGUCGUAAGAAGGCAUAUGGAGACCACGAAACAAAGAUCUUCCCUUAUUUUUAUAACAACUUGUGAAUUACAAUUGCAAAUGUUCUUAGUGUUUUUUUUUCAUAUUGUAUUGGUAGCCUAGCUGGCCGUGCGAUGAAAUAUCAAAUCGUUACCCUUUGAUUACGUAUGUCAGUUAUACAACACUGGACAGACUCAGUCAUAUAAUAUAUUCUACUAUGGAACACCAAGUCAAAGAUUAACUGGUGUAAAGCUGUCUUUUACCACUCUUCCAAAAACUCAUACAAUACAAAAUCUUGUUCCUCAGUUACUUUUAAAUUAUUAGACCUAUAACAUUUUGUAAUAGUGUCUAUAUAACCAUUGCUCUGUAACAUUGCAAGAUCCACGAUCUUCUCCCUUACCUCUUAUCUUUUUCUCUCUUUCUUGAUCGAAGGAGAAUGGAGAAAGAUAACAGUUUCAUGGAUCCGUUUCUGUCGUCCAGGGAGGAUCUUGACCCAACAACCCAUAAAGCAUUGAUGAGUUAUCUAGGAGUGGGAAGCCGAGCAUCUUCUCUUGUCUCCUUCUCCUCUACAGCCGUUGAUAUCCCGCCCAUCUCCAACGUCGGAGACUUUGUCAGAGAGUUUAGAAUUGAGUCUAAGAAGCUAUGGAAAUUAGCUGGCCCGGCCAUUUUCACAUCAAUGGCCCAGUUCUCUCUCGGAGCCAUCACUCAGGUUUUCGCCGGACAUAUUAGCACCAUCGCCCUCGCCGCCGUCUCCAUCGAGAAUUCCGUCAUCGCUGGUUUCUCCUUCGGUAUCAUGCUUGGAAUGGGAAGCGCGUUGGAAACGCUAUGCGGACAAGCGUUUGGAGCAGGAAAAGCAUCAUUGCUCGGUGUUUACUUACAACGCUCAUGGGUGAUUCUAAGCGCAACCGCUCUCAUCCUUUCACUGCUCUAUGUUUUCGCGGCUCCAAUCCUAUCCUUCAUAGGCCAAACCGCUGCAAUCUCGGCCAUGGCCGGGAUUUUCUCCAUCUACAUGAUCCCACAAAUCUUCGCCUACGCCAUCAAUUUCCCGACCGCUAAGUUUUUGCAGUCGCAAAGCAAGAUCAUGGUCAUGGCAGGAAUAUCUGGUGUGGCUCUUGUGAUCCACACGUUCCUCACGUGGCUAGUCAUGUCUAGGUUGCAUUGGGGACUUCCCGGUUUAGCUUUGGUGCUUAACGCGUCGUGGUGGUUCAUCGUUGUGGCGCAACUCGUGUAUAUUUUUGGUGGGACUUGUGGUGAGGCUUGGUCAGGUUUCACGUGGGAGGCUUUUCACAAUUUGUGGGGUUUUGUUAAAUUGUCUCUGGCUUCUGCUGUGAUGAUUUGUUUGGAGGUUUGGUAUUUUAUGGCACUCGUACUAUUUGCUGGAUAUUUGAAGAAUGCUGAAGUCUCCGUAGCUGCACUCUCCAUAUGCAUGAACAUUUUGGGAUGGGCAGUUAUGGUUUCGGUUGGGAUUAACGCAGCAGUGAGUGUGAGAGUGUCAAAUGAGCUAGGAGCUAGCCACCCACGAACGGCCAAGUUCUCUCUCGUCGUGGCGGUGAUAGUAUCGACAGCAUUCGGAAUGCUUAUAGCGGCGGUUUUACUCUUCUUCCAAGACGAGUAUCCGGUUUUGUUUGUGGAAGAUGAAGUAGUUAGGAAUGUGGUUAGAGAACUCACACCAAUGCUUGCCUUCUGCAUUGUCAUCAACAAUGUUCAGCCUGUUUUGUCCGGAGUGGCUGUGGGAGCGGGAUGGCAAGCAGUUGUUGCGUAUGUGAACAUAGCUUGCUAUUACUUGUUUGGAAUCCCAUUUGGUCUAUUGUUGGGAUUCAAGCUUGAAUAUGGCGUAAUGGGUAUCUGGUGGGGGAUGAUGACGGGAACUUUUGUUCAGUCGAUAAUUUUGACUUGGAUGAUUUGCACAACCAACUGGGCCAAAGAGGCUGCAAUGGCGGAAGAGAGGAUACGAGAAUGGGGAGGAGAAACAGAGAAAGAGACUCUUUUGAACUAACUAUAGUUUUAUUUUAAUAAGUUAAGAAGAUCUGCACAUGAUCACAUCACCUUUCCGUGUCGUCCGAGCUAAAAAGAAACUUGAAUUUAUCUCUUUCUAUAAGACUUUAAGUUGUAAUGUAAGAUCCUUUUUAAUCAAUAAACGUUUUGAAUUUCGAGAA